AUUUUGACUUGUGGAGCGGGAAGGGGGACGCCGACAAGCGUCAUCGCCGUCAAACACACGCGCAUUACACACUUUUCAACAACAACUUGUCGUUUUUUGUUAUUUUUCAACGUGCCGAUUUCCAGCUCCUGAUUGAUAUUUUGAUUCCGACCGGUUUCUUUUGAGGUUUUGGAUAAACACAGACGCUAACUUCUGUAGUUGUCGUUUUACAAACUCACUGUCUUCCAACGUUCGAGGUUUCGAGCAUCGGACUAAGCAGCAAAAAUGGAAAGUAAAAUACUCGACCAAGAAACCACUACUGAACACAAUCCGUCCAAUGAACAAAUCACUAAUAUAAAAUCAAAACGCAAAUACGAUAUAAUCGUUUUUGGCGCUUCGGGAUUCACUGGACAAUUUGUCGUUAUGGAAAUGGGUCACUUCUCUCAAACAUACAAUUUAACUUGGGCUAUUGCUGGACGUAACACUGAUAAAUUACAAAACGUAUUAGAUAAAAUGUAUAAAACUCUUGGUAAGUUUCCUUAUUUUACUAUAACAAUUACUGGGUAUGAAGAUAAAAAAAUUGAUAUUAUUUAUGCCGAUGUACAAGAUAUUAAAACUGUAAUGAGAAUGGCUCAAACAACUUCUGUGGUUAUAAAUGUACUGGGACCAUACUAUAUAUAUGGAGAAGUUGUAGUCAAAUCUUGUGUUUUGACAUUUACGCAUUAUGUAGAUGUAACCGGUGAAUCAUUAUUUAUGGAGAAAAUGGCAUACAUGUAUAAUAAACAAGCUGAAGAAAACAAUUCAAUAAUUGUUAGUGCACUUGGUAUGGAGAGUGUACCUGCUGACCUUGGUGUAGAAUUUUUACACAAACAUUUUAAUGGUGAAUUGAAAAAUGUUGACAUGUACAUGAAACUUUAUAGCAGUUCAUUUGUAUUAACUAACAGUGCACUCAUACAUGACGGUACUUGGAUAAGUGCUGUAUUGCAUUUGGCUACUAAAAAACAACGCUUAUACUACCGAAAUCUGUUAGAUGAGUUAAUGGGAUUAAAAAGAGUAAAACCAAAUGUUUCUAAGAUAUUGCAUAGACAACAAAUCAGCAUGCAAUGUGACACCAAAGAAUGGUGUUUGGCUUUUCCAGAACCAGAUCAAGCUGUUGUUGCUAGAUCAAUACAUCAUGCCAAAACUAUAGACAAUUUACCUUAUAAUUUUACUGUUCGAAACUAUAUGGUUUUUGGUAGUUUAAUAUCAGCCAUUCUUGGUUUAUUCGUAUUUGUAUUACUGUCGAUCAUGGCCACAUUUGAACCUAUUAGAAUUCUCCUUGUUCGGUUUCCAAAAUUAUUUUCAUUUGGGAUUGCAACAAAAACUGGUCCAAAUGAAAAAAUAUUGGAAAAUUCACGUAUGACGUUAACUUUAAUUGGUCACGGGACAACAUGUGUCAAGCCUCCUGCUAUUCUUAAGAAAAUAACACAUAAAGAUAAUACUACCACAAGAAAAACUAUUGUUAAGGUCAAAGCUAAAAACCCAGGUUAUGGAUUCACUAGUAAAGCCGUUAUCUUGGGAGCAAUAACUAUAAUAAAAGAUCAAAUUAAUAUUCCUAAAGGAGGUGUUUUAACACCAGCUGCUGCAUUCCGUAAUUCUCAAUUUGUGAAUCGUUUAAUGGACCAUGAUGCUGCUGUUUUUGAAAUUGAGUCUGACUUGGUUACUUACAGACAACAAUCAAAAUCAAUUUAAAUCUAUUUUAAACUACUUAGCUGCUCUUAGUUUUUCAUAAUAUUCAAAAUGUAUUCUAUUAUAGUUCUCUUUAAUGUGUUAUAAUUUAAUUUUUUCUUAUUUAUAUGUGUGAAUGUUCACCUUUUAAGUUUUAAGUAACUAAUUUGUCUAAUAAGUAACUAUGAAUACAAUUUGGCUCUAGUUACUUUAUGUUUAUAAUCACUAUGUAUUUUAUGUCAUGUACCAGUUAUUUAAAAGACAAUAUAUAGGUAGUAGUGAAUUCAUGAAGAACUGUUUAAGUAUCAUUAUUGAUUGUUGCCUUGUUUAAAAACUAUAUGUUAUACAAACUGCUUUACUAAUUAGUUAAAUGUAUAAUAGAAUAACCUAAAUAUGAAAAUUAUGUGUUAAAAUUUCAUAGCCUUAAUAACUGAUAUAUUUUAUGAAUAAAACAAAAUUACUACAUAACCGUUAAAAAUGUAAUCAUUCAAUUAUUACAAUUUCUUGCUAAGUACUGAUCUAUCGUUGAGUUGCUUAUAUUAUAGUUGUAUACUUUAA